GCAAGAAGAGUCGUUUCGUUCGUGGAGCGGCAGGAUUUGAAAUAUUUUCCAGGAGAUCGAGAGGCGAGGGCGUGUGCGCCGGCGCAGUGCUUUGUCCCCUUCCCCCCCUCGUCCCAAUCCAGAAAGCAGCGUCCGCCAGACAAAGAAGCAGUCCAGUCGGGUGGAGCGAAGCAACGGGAAACUCCGCCCAUCGCCACGGCACGGCACCGCAGAGAGCGAGAGCGGCCGCCGGCUACUCCACACGACGCAGGUAAGAAGAGAAGAGAUGGUGCACAAGGAGCUACAGCAGGCAUGGUGGUUCGACAGCCACAACCUCGCGAGGACGUCCCCAUGGCUCGGCAGCACCCUUUCAGAACUGGAUGACAAGACCAAGCAAAUGCUCAAGCUGAUCGACCAAGAUGCGGACUCCUUCGCUCAGCGCGCUGAAAUGUACUACAAGAAGCGCCCCGUCCUGGUGGACAUGCUCGGCGAGCUGUACCGCACGCACCGCUCGCUGGCCGAGCAGUAUGACCUGCUGAAGCAUGGCAGCGGCACAUGCCGGUCCAAGUUCAAUCCAUCUCCCUGCACCAAGAGCUGGUCUCCAGGGUCCAUGGAUGGCAAGGCAACCAAGAGCUGGUCGUCAGGAUCCAUGGAUGGCAAGACAGCAAGAAGCUCUUCCUCCAACUCACUGUGCUCGGACUCGUAUGACUCCGAGUCUGAAGUCGAUGACCCUGAAGAAGAGCAUGUUGAAAAGGUUUCUGACGCUGAAGCAGAGGCAGCGGCAAAGCAGGACCGGCUUGACCAAGAAGCAGAGUUUAUGCGCGCCGAGAUCAAGAGGCUCAGCGAGCAGACUUCGGAGCUGCAGAAGGCGAUCGAGGAGAACAAGGCGGCUCACGCGGCGGAGCUCGCCGCAAAGGACGAGGAGAAGAGGGAGGUCAUCAGGCAGCUCGCGUCGUCCAUCGACAUGGUGAAGCAGGAGAACUGCACCCUGCGCGAGCUCCUCAAGAGCCCCAACCCCAAGCACCACCCCGCCGCGGAGGCCCAGCCCCGCGGUUUCGAUUUCAGGAAGCUGACCAAGGAUCUGUUCUCGGCAAAGCUGUUCACCGGACACCGCAAACACACGGGUCCCAUGGUCGCUCUGUGAGCGAGUUUUGGUGCGGCAGAAUCAUCCAACAUGAUGAAGAGAGAGAGGAAGUGGCAUGAUGCGAUCUCUCCAUCUUUGACAUCCAGACCCAUGAGAAUUUCUUAUAGCUCCUCAUGUGCAUAUAGGAUGGGGUUCUUUUGUCCCCCGUUUGUUUCUAUCCUUGUUCGGGCUUAGCCAGUAGAGAGGAUUUUUAACGAUGUUGCUGCUAUAGCCAUGCUUUAUCUGUACUUAGUAAGUACUAGUAGAAUAGCCAUAUGAAUGUUUGUAUGAUCGCUUAACUAUAGUGAAAACAUAUUAUUAUUUUUGUCAA